AUGCACAGCACGAUUGGAUGGAUUUGUUGUCUGGUGGAGAGAAGCAACGUAUGGGCUUGGCUAGGGUAUUCUACCACAGGUUACAGACCGCAGUACGCUCUUCUUGACGAGUGCACGUCGGCCGUGUCGAUCGAUGUGGAAGGAAGUAUAUACCAGGCGAUAAAAGACAGCGGAAUCACUUUGCUCACUGUUAACUCACCCGAAGACGAUGUCUUGAGGCUUCCACUUGUGGGAGGUAUCGGUUACCGGGGAAUCAGAACGUGGAGUUGUGUCUUACGGAGGGCUUCACCUCUCAUGCUGCCACCAGGAAAGGGGAGAGGGUCAAGGAAAUUCCAUACAAAUUUACUGCAGUAUGACGGUGAAGGUGGAUAUAAGUUGAGGUCUCUUAACGAUUCGACAAUCGGCGAGCGAUUAUCGCUUGCAGAUGAGAAGCGACAAAUUGAACAAAAGCUUUACGAGGUGCCGCAGAUGAAGGGACGUCUUGCCGAGUUAUGCCAGGUAACACUAAUCACAUGCCCUAGUUUGAGCCUAGUGUUAAAUGACAAUGCUGAAUGUCCGGUGUAUCUACAGAGCUCUCGGUUUUGA